AUGAGCUACUUAGCCAAAGCCUCCUCGCUGAAGCGCCAGCCGAACACGCUACUCACUUACUUCCCCAAAAAGAGUCCGUGUGCGGAUUCAAGAGAUGCAGCAACAACGCCGCAAUGCCAAAUUCCAGUCGUAGAGGAACCGUUGACUGAUCAGAUAUCGUCGUCAGAUGAGUCCAUCGGUCAGCAAGUCCUCACCGACGAUGCUUCAUUCGACGAACCUGCGCACCCAAAUGACCUGGGGAUCUACGCCGGCAAGUCGAGUCUGCUCCUUGCUGGCAAGCGACCCUGCGUGGCCCAUAGUGAUGUCAUCCGCGUAGAGGGUACAACCCAGCUGCGAGACAGUCCAAGGCCCGCAGCUCUACUGGACAUCCCUGCUGCCGUGACGGUGCGCGACCUGAACCUGCAAUACAGUAAGCGAGCACCUCCGGUCAUCGACGGUGCCAACCUGACCGUACCUAAGGGUGUCAUCUACGGCCUCCUAGGCGCCAGCGGCUGCGGCAAGACCAGCUUUCUCAAGUGCCUGGUUGGUCUGAUCAAGCCGGACUCGGGCACGGUGCUCGUGUUCGGCAAGAAGCUGCACCAGGGACUCGUGCCUGGACCAGCCGUAGGGUACAUGCCGCAGGAGCUCGCUCUGCUCGAGGACUUCACCAUCGCGGAAAACAUGUAUUUCUUUGGCCAGCUGCUGGGAAUGCCGUGGGAGCUCAUCUACAGCAGGAUCAACUUCCUCAGCUCCUUCUUCCAGCUACUGCCCGCCAACCGAUUCGUCCAAAACCUCAGCGGCGGCCAGCAGCGGCGCGUGUCUCUGGCGGUGGCACUGAUGCACACGCCGCCCUUCUUGAUCCUGGACGAACCGACCGUGGGAUUGGACCCCGUGCUGCGGGACGCCAUAUGGCGCUACUUCGUGGUACUGUCGCGCGAGCAAGCCACCACCAUAGUGGUCACCACGCACUUCAUCGAGGAAAUUGCCGACGCUGCUCUUGUGGGCAUCAUGCGCAACGCGAAAAUCUGGUGCGAGACACCGCCCUCACAACUAAUCAACCUGUAUGGUCCAGGCACGCUCUCCGACGCCUACCUCAAGGUGUGCCGCCGACUGGACUUCCCCGACGAGAAGGACCCCUCACCGCCUCCGCAGCAUGUGCAAGCGCGCGACGUGAAGUUGGCCUCGGUUCCGGACUCGCUGUUGACCUGGAAGAACUGGGCCUCGGUGCGAUCCGUCACCCGUGUUCGGGCUCUGGUCGCCAAGAACUUGCUCAAGAUCAUGCGCCGGCUCGUCACCAUCGUGUUCCAGCUGGUGAUGCCGUCGUGCGUCGGCGUGGUGUUCUGCCUUUUCGUGGGCGCCAACCCGACAGACCUGCCGAUGGCGGUGGUCAACGAAGACAAGGACGGCGUCUACCCGAAAGCUUUCCUCUCCUUCCUCGACCCCGACAUCAUCAGACAGACGGUGUACCCGAACCGCGACGAAGCGUUCGCAGCAGUGCUGAAAGAGGAUGUUUGGGGCACCAUCUACUUUCCCGAGAACUACAGCAGGGUACUCAGGGGGCGGAUGGAACAACUCUUCCUGGUAAGCGACAAGAUCGCGAGGCGCAGCACGAUCGACGUUUUUCUAGACGCAACCGACUACACGAUCCGCAACGUGAUCAUCAAGGAGCUGCGUCGGGCCAACGACAAAGUGCUGCAGUUCGCCACCAGCAAGCUGAUUAACAAGAACAUCACCAUCGAGCUCCUCAAGAUUUCUGACCCGUUCUACGAUGCCUGCGACUUCACCUUCCGGGAAUUCAUGAGUCCCGGCAUUAUCGCAUGCACCCUGUUCGCACUCUCCAUCACGCUCACGGCGCUGCUGCUGGUGGGCGAGGACCAGGGAGGCAUCCGAGGCCGUUGCGCCGUCGCAGGUUUCUUCACCUCGUCGGUGUCCAAGGAUGAGGCGACGGCGCUGCUGCUGUCCAUGGCUGCACUCUACCCGGCGCUACUCAUGGGAGGCGUGCUGUGGCCGGUGGAAGGCACGCCGACCGUGCUGCGGCCCAUAAGCUACGCGGUCCCGCAGGCGCUGCCCGUGCACGGACUUCGGGGCGCCAUGCUGCGCAAUUACACGAUGGCCAACCGACAAGUACAGAACGCUGUCGCCGCCAACGUCGUCUGGACGCUGGCCCUGCUGUUGCUCGCCAUCAUCACCUUCUCAUACACGGCCAAGUAGAUUCCCAUUAAACGUGGCACCUCAUCACCGUCAACGGCCUGCCUGUCGACCAUUCUGUGAAAUAGUGCGUGACGAGGCUGUCAU